CGUGAACGCUAUGGGCAGUCACUGGGACCUCGUUCGUAUGGAGAUCACUGUCCUCCAGCUUUUUCAGGACAGAAGCGCUACUGCGAUGAAAAAGGAAGCUUAAUUUCUCGUGCCUCCUCCCUUUUCUGUGAAGGGCGCCGCACCUGCUCCAACGUUCUAGGGAGAAAUCACCACAGCUUUCUCCGCCCCCUGAAAAGCGCCAUACUCCAGAUCACAGAACUGUGUGGUGCAAAGCGGGUUGGUUAUUUUGGUCCAACACAGUUUUACAUUGCCUUAAAACUGAUUGCUGCAGCACAGUCUGGCCUCCCUGUACGGAUAGAGAGUAUUAAAUGUGAGCUGCCACUGCCUCGCUUUAUGAUGUCAAAGACUGAUGCCGAGAUACGAUUUGGGAACCCGGCUGAACUGCAUGGAACUAAGGUUCAGAUUCCAUAUUUAAUCACAGAAAAAAAUACCUUCAAAAGAAUGGACGAUGAGGAUAAACAGCAGGAAACACAGUCUCCCACGAUGUCACCCCUCGCCUCCCCUCCUUCUUCCCCGCCUCAUUACCAAAGGGUGCCCUUGAGCCAUGGCUACAGCAAACUGCGGAGCAGCACGGAGCAGAUGCAUCCAGCUCCUUAUGAAGCUAGACAGCCCCUUGUCCAGCCUGAAGGACCCUCGUCGGGGGCUCCAGGAGCCAAGCCCCCUCGGCAUCAGGCUUCCCUUAUUCGGUCCUUUUCCGUGGAGAGAGAACCACAUGAUAACAACAGUAAUUACCUGGAUGAACCCUGGAGGAUAACAGAAGAACAACGCGAGUACUAUGUCAACCAGUUCCGAUCCCUUCAGCCUGACCCAAGUUCCUUCAUUUCAGGUUCUGUGGCCAAGAACUUCUUCACCAAAUCAAAGCUUUCCAUUCCAGAACUCUCCUACAUAUGGGAACUUAGUGAUGCUGACUGUGAUGGAGCCCUGACCCUGCCUGAGUUCUGUGCUGCAUUUCAUCUCAUUGUGGCUCGGAAAAACGGCUACCCACUGCCUGAGGGCCUGCCUCCGACUCUGCAGCCAGAGUACCUGCAAGCAGCCUUUCCUAAGCCCAAGCGGGAGUGCUCGCUAUUUGAUUCUUAUUCUGAGUCAAUGCCUGCGAACCAACAACCCCGUGAGUUGAAUCGGAUGGAGAAGCUAUCUAUUAAAGACAUGGCUGACUUUCCUGUCCUAGCCCAAGAUGUGACUAGUGAUGACAACCAAGAGCAAAACAAAACACGUCUAGAACAAAACAAAACACGUCUAGCUUUGAAAAGUACUGCGGAUGAAGCCUUACCAAAGGAUAUGUCUGAGGAUCCAGCCACUUCUAAGGAUUCCAACAGUCUCAAAGCAAGACCAAGAUCCAGAUCUUACUCUAGCACCUCCAUAGAAGAGGCCAUGAAAAGGGGUGAGGACCCUCCCACCCCGCCACCGCGGCCACAGAAAACCCAUUCCAGAGCCUCCUCCUUGGAUCUGAAUAAAGUCUUCCAGCCCAGUGUGCCAGCUACUAAGUCAGGAUUGUUACCUCCACCACCUGCGCUCCCUCCAAGACCUUGUCCAUCCCAGAUUUCCCAUCACAAUGUAAACAGUGAGCGCAGUGCUCAGCCCAAGCCUCCAAUUCAGCUGCCUAACUAUGGAGAUUUCAGACUACAGAAACAGAUAAGUAAACCAAGGCACAGAGAACUUCAGGAAUUUCCUCAAGGUCAUCCACAGCAAUCUGAACAAGCGUCUGAGGCUGAAAUACACCCCCAGCUGAACAGAGCCCCCUCUCAAGCUGCAGACAAUAGUCCAACAAAGAAGGACAUACCAUAUUCUCAGCCUCCAUCAAAGCCCAUUCGAAGGAAAUUCCGACCUGAAAACCCAGCUACAGAAAACCAAGAGCCUUCUAGCACUGUUGGUGGGCCAGCGUCAGCAGCGACCGGGAAACCCCAUGCGGCAGUCCAAAAACAGUCUUCCAAACAGAAGAAGGCUAUUCAGACUGCUAUCCGCAAAAAUAAAGAGGCAAAUGCAGUGCUGGCCCGGCUGAACAGUGAACUCCAGCAGCAGCUCAAGGAGGUUCAUCAAGAACGGAUUGCAUUGGAAAACCAAUUGGAACAACUUCGUCCAGUCACUGUAUUGUAAUCCCCAAGAUUCAAGUAACAGUGGGUGACUUUUUCUGCCAAGAUCUUUCCUUUGAAUGUUUCAACCCAACUACUUGUCAUAGAUGUCCAAGACUGUGUGAAAAGCUGCAAGCAGUGGAAUAUAAUCCAUAUUUCCUUUUCUCUUGUACUUCACUUGUAUGUUUUACUCUGGUGGAAAAAAUACAACUGAUUAUCACACUUGAAAUUGUAAUUUCAGUGGAAUUUAUCUCCCAUUCUUAAGUACUUCCUCAAGUUGUUAGAUAUUUCUCCUUACCAAAAACCAAUCUUCUCGCAAUUAAAAACAAGUUAGAGCAUUAUUUAUUUAAAGAAUUAAUGAUUUGUAUAAAACCUCAUAACCUAGUACCUUCAGGAUGCUUGUUUUAUUUUUGUAUGUAUGUCAAAUACAGUAGGUUGGUUUCCUGAAUAAUUGGGAUUCCAACUAGAUAGUCUUUGGCAUGAUGAUAAUAAAAGAGAAAACUAAAACGAGCAUCAGAUUUAGACAGGCGCUGUGCCCUCCGCCACCAUAUGCCAAAAAUUGCUUCUCUAGUGCCAUUUUGACAUUGUAUCUAGCUAUAAAUAAUACAUAACUAUUGUUUUCUGUUGAAUGGCAGAGAUUUAUUGGGUCUUUGCUCCUCUGUAAAGUGGAAGUUUUGUCAGUGAUCUAUUUAACUUGGCCCAGCUAGGCCAUCAACUCACAGAACCUCAGUCCUUUUGUGUAAAUUUUUGGGCAAGAGCAAUCUGCUUUAACCGCCUCACCUGAUCAAAUUAAAUAAAUAGUUGCCAGAUCUCUACUUUUAUCCUGCAUGGGAUAACAUGUCUGUAAGUGCAUGAAUUUGGAAAGCACACAUCAGAUGUGAAAGGCUGAAGAGACUGUUUGGACUGAUAAAUAUUUGUUGCUUGAACCCAGGUAUUCACCCUGGAGAAGAAGGGGAAAUGGUUGUUACCAGAAAUCCAACAACUCUGGUAGUUAUUUUUGUCUUUGUUAUUUUAACCUGGAUUGUGGUUGUAUUGAGGUGAAGGAAUAAUGAAAGAAAACCAGUCUUCACUCUGGAUAUACAAGUGUUUGUUCUCUGUGAAGUGUACCCUUGGGAAGUGAUUGGUUUAUGUACCGUCCAGCAGAGCCCAACUGACUCCAGUGUAUGUGAUGUAAAACCAUGAGCUCAAAUUGCAGAAGCCAGUAUCCUAUGGAAAUUUUGAUCACCCGCUCCUCCUGAAAGCUCAAGUUGAAACUGGGACCUGACUGACCCCCACAGGGAUCAGGGCACGCCCGCUUUCACAUCACUUUGAGAGACUGAUUACAAGGAAUGCUCACUCUUAUGCAUUUUGCUAAUUUACCCAUUUUUAGAGUAGAGGUGUGUGGUAUGCC